AAUUAAUUUUUAAAAAACUAAAAGAAAAAAUGAGCAGUGGAAUGGAUUUACAUUUAUUUCAACAAGCUCGAGCUGCCGUUGACCAACUUAAGCGCGAGAAGAAUAUUAAUCGUAUUUCGACUUCAAAAGCAAUAGAAACGCUUCUCAGUUACACGCGUGAAAUGCAAAAAGAUGACUAUUUACUUAACGGAUUCCCAACUGACAAAAUGAACCCAUUCCGUCAAAAAUCAAGCUUCCAAUGCCUUUUGCUUUGA